AUGGAUAUUCCGAAACCUGGUGAUGGCGAUCUCAAUAUCGGGACUGGCACGUUCCACGCUUGCUGGGUCCUCACGGCCAUGGUCGGCGUGGCAUUGUUGUUCCGCUAUGCCACCAAGGUCUGGGUGCGCUGGGCUUUGCCGCAGGUCACUGCACCCGGCCGAAUCUGGGGUACAGAGGACUUGUUCUUCCUCAUAGCUUGGGGUUUUGAUAUAACACAUAUGAUCUUUGUUCAAAUGAGUGCCAAAUGGGGCCUUGGAAGGCAUUUUUUUUACUUGACCAGUGAAGAGCGUCAUAAUGCUAUGAAAUGGGAUUUCCUUUCACAGCCGCUGGCUGUCACUUCGGCGAUGGUCUCACGCGCAGGCAUGAUGUGGUUCCUUUUGACUUGCUUUGCGGCGAGCGACAAGAAGAUUCGCCUAUCUAUUACUGUCUGUGCUAUUGUUCAGGUUGUCGUCAAUAUGGUCACCAUCAUCCAAAUAAUUGUCCAGUGCGGACCGAACCCAUAUCAGACGACUGAUCGAGUACAGUACUUCCACUACAUGUGGACACCACUACCGGAAGAUGGAUCCGUCAAGUGCCAAUCACCGAAUGUCCAGACGACUAUUGGUUUUGUACAAGGAGGAUCCAACGCCGUGAUCGAUUACUUUCUUGCCGUGCUCGCUGCCGUCGAACUCUGGCAGUUUUUCCUGAGAACCCUCCGCCGUGAUCCACACACCUCAUUCUGGUCCCACUUCUGUAGAAUCAGUGGCACCGUCCGUUCCCGCCGGAUCUGGCAGACUAUUACUCUCAGCGGACCACUGCUCCUCUCCGGCUGUGCUUCUAUUAUUAAAACUUGUAAACUCAAAUCCCUCGGUGAUAGACAGGACUUCACCUAUAACAUCGUGAGCUUCAUUCUCUGGGUGAAGAUCGAAAACUACAGCAUUCUCCUUGCCUCAUGUGCCCCGGUAGCCCGCUUGUUCCUCCGCUCCUUCGUUGACCACAGACACGAAGGCCGCAGUCACGGCUACUGGUCUCACUCCCGGUCGACAGAACACGAAGAUUCUGAUACAGAGCUGAAACGCCGCGCCCAGGCUCAGGACCGGUGGCUGGAUUCGGCUACUGUGACUCAUCCGACGAAUACUUCUAUCAGGGAUGAGGAGGAUCAGUGGAAUGGGCAUAAGCAUCAGCGCUUGAGUAGUCGGAUUUCAACGGCGGAUAGUCCCGAAUAUUUUGAUGAUGGACGUGUUACUGUCAAGACAGAUAUCGUUGUUCAGGUCCAUGAUGGAAGGUCGAAUGUUUCGGGUGGGACGAGGUUGUCACCGGAGGGGGGUCGGUCUCAUUCCGCAGGGUUUCAAUGA